AUGGAACCGGAGCCGACCCUUGCCUCUCUCCUCGAGGCUAUCCAAACCCUCACCAGCCAAGUUGGGUCCUUGCAGGCCCAAAUCCAUACUCAAGGCCAACAGCUCUCUGAGCUCAAAGCCAUAUGCAAGGAGACCAACGACCUUCCUGGCCCAUCGACUGGGCCUAUCACUCCCCCCACUCAUACAGGGGGAGAAGCACACACUCCAGGAACGGUUAGGCCUGGACUCAAGGCCCCCUUCCGCCCUUCAAGAGGCACAGGCUUUGACUCCGAGGAAGAAGAGGAGCCAAGAAGGAUCCCCAAGAAAGAGCCUAUGGGAACGCCUAAACGUUCCCUCAGUUCCCUCACCCCCUUUGAUUCCGGUCCUCAGGGAAGGAAGGCCACACAAUGGCUUGAUCAGAUGCUCCUUUGGGUUGCCCUCCACAGGGAUCAGUUUGAUGAGGAAGAACAAAUGGUGGUAUGGAUUCUAUAUCACAUGACAGAUAAGGCUGCUGACUGGGCCCUCCCCAUCAUCGGAACCAUCAUCAAGGGUGAGGGUAACCCGCCAACCACCAUCCCGGCCUUAACGGCCAAAUUCAAGGAGGCAUUUGCCGACCCAGACGCCAAGAGGGCCGCCGCCAGGAAAAUAGCCGCGCUUACUCAGACAACCACCACGUCUGAGUAUGUCACUGAGUUCCGCAACCUCAUGGCGGAACUCGAUUGGAACACGGAGGCUUAUAUUGCCCAGUUCACGCGUGGUCUUCACUGGAAGGUGAAGGAACUCCUGUCCACAAAGGACAAUAUCCCAGACGACAACCUCAAGGCCAUAUUUGCCGCCUCGAAAGUCCCUGCCAAGCCCCCGGUCACCGCGACCACUUCCACCACUACCACCACCCAACGGGUCCGCCUUUCUGAGGACCCCAACUACGUUACACCGGAAGAAAGGGACCGCCAACGCGCAUCCGGGCUAUGCGUGAAAUGCGGCCAGAAGGGCCACGGCAUCAAGCAAUGCCCCAACGGGUGGAAAGCCACAGUCAAGGAGGUGGCUAAGGUUGCUGAAGAUGUAGAGUCGGGAAAAGAUUAA